UAUUGCAGGUUCUGGAACAGAGCAUAAGUUUGUCAAAAUUAGUCUUCUUGACCAAACUUAUGUGCGCCUUGAACUGUUUAAAAAAUUGCAUGUAAACGUACUUCAAACGUCAUGUAGUAUAUAUUGCAUAAAAUAAAGUUUUACCCAAUACAUACAAUCGAACUGCGCAUGACAGUAAUUAUAUGUAUACUUUUUAAAGUACUCGAAGUGAUUCAAAUUGAAAAUCUUUAAUACUUCGUCUUGAUAAGUGUAAUUAAUUAUGUCCGAGACGCAACCUACGAAUGUUAAUGAUAAAAUGUCAAGUUUAAUGAAGGAGGCCGAAUGUUUGAAAUUUAAAUUGGAGGAAGAGCGUCAGAAGUUGAAUGACGUUAGCUUAUCAUCAAUAGCGGAACGCUUGGAACAAAUCGCUUUUGUAAACAUAAAACCUCGUAAAGUUUUAAAGGGCCAUCAGGCCAAAGUAUUGUGCACAGAUUGGAGUCCUGAUAAGCGCCAUAUAAUUUCAUCGUCACAAGAUGGUCGUCUGAUUAUAUGGGAUGCAUUUACAACUAAUAAAGAGCAUGCCGUCACGAUGCCAACUACUUGGAUAAUGGCAUGUGCAUAUGCUCCUUCCGGAAAUUAUGUAGCUUGUGGAGGGUUAGAUAAUAAAGUUACAGUUUACCCUAUAACUUCAGAUGAAGAAAUGGCAGUGAAGAAAAGGACAGUGGGUACUCAUACAAGCUAUAUGUCGUGUUGUAUAUAUCCCAAUUCUGAUCAGCAAAUUCUAACUGGGAGUGGUGACUCUACUUGUGCACUAUGGGAUGUUGAAUCCGGCCAACUUUUGCAAAGCUUUCACGGUCAUUCGGGCGAUGUCAUGGCAAUUGACCUAGCUCCAAAUGAAACGGGAAAUACAUUUGUUUCAGGAAGUUGCGACAGAAUGGCAUUUAUUUGGGAUAUGAGAUCUGGACAGGUGGUUCAAUCCUUUGAGGGUCACCAAUCAGAUGUUAAUAGUGUGAAAUUCCACCCUAGUGGUGAUGCUAUCGCUACUGGUUCCGACGAUAGCAGUUGCAGAUUGUUUGAUAUGCGGGCCGACCGUGAGGUUGCUGUCUUCUCUAAAGAAAGCAUUAUAUUUGGGGUAAAUUCGGUUGAUUUCUCAGUAAGUGGCCGUUUGUUAUUUGCCGGCUACAAUGAUUACACUGUUAACUUGUGGGAUACAUUGAAAUCGGAACGAAUUUGCUUGUUAUACGGUCAUGAGAACAAGGUAUCCUGUGUUCAAGUUUCACCUGAUGGAACGGCUCUUUCAACUGGUAGCUGGGAUUACACAAUUCGAGUUUGGGCUUAAAGAAAUACAUUAUCUUAUAAAAUAAAAAUGGUUAUCUCCUAUAUAAUAUUUAAAUUUGAUUAUAUGUAGGCAUAUAAGAUUUAGUAAUAAGACACCAAUAAACAAUACCAAUUUUAAAUGUUGCAAAUGUUGAA